UGCGUUAGUUUGUGAUAAACGGAGUAAAGACCGUGAACUCAGAUCCGCUUCAUAAUAAUGUAGAAAAGGAUUUGUGAUACUUUAACACAAUGCUGAGUGGUAAAUCUACACACACUGACGCACCAUGACCAACUUUUCCUACAUCUGCACCGUGUGGAUCAGCGUCUGUGUGUACCUCCUCUCUGCAGAACCUGAGAUCAGUGUAUCUGGCCCAGUGGGUUCUACAGCUGUCCUGCCGUGUCAACUGACGAGUGUAGACACUGACAGACUGUAUAUUAGAUGGAGAAUCGAAUCUGAGUUUGUGUUUGAGCGACUGGAUGUGGAGUCGUAUCAGGGUGAGGGAUAUGAGGGUCGUGUGGACGUUCCUGUGGAGGAGCUGCGUAAGGGGAACUGUUCACUGGUGUUACACAAUCUGACAUUUACUGAUACAGGAGUCUACACCAGCUACCAGACAGUGAGACACACCAAGAGAUCUGUCCGUGUUAGGAGAGCAACAGUCCUGAUCAACAGUGUUAAUCUCUCAGUCUAUGUUUCCCCUCUUGACGAAACAGACAGCAGUAUUUCAUCAGCUCCCACAGUAAUGAAGAGUCCUCACCCACUGAUCCUGGUCCUGUCCCUCGUCUCAUGUUUACUGCACUGAGUUUAUGUCCCUGACACUCAGUUAGUUGGACCUGAUGAAGAAUUCUGGAGAAGUGAAGCAUCUUGAAGAACUUUAUACAAGUCGAGUCGUCACUGUACAGCACCUCUGUGAUCAUCGUGAGGACUGAGAAUCUCCACAGAUGGUCAUAAUUACAGGGGUUUCUGUGUUUCUAUAUUAAAUGAUGUUAUAGUGGUGUUUGUUAUUAAGGUUAAAGUCGUCUGUCAGCAGGUCACAGCCAGUAGAUUACUGAACUAAAGUCUUAUUUAUUAAGUGUUAAAGCACAGUUUGUUCUGCUGUUAUAGUGAAAUAAUGAGGGACGUGAAGAUUAUUUUCCUGUAACAGUAUACUGUGGUUUGACGUUUUGAAAGUUGUGUGUUGUAGAGUGAACUCAGCAUUAGUGAGACUGGACUUUCUACCAGAACUGAACUUGAACAGGAUUUUGUUCUGGAGGAACCAGUUUGUUCUUCUCACAGCGUGGUGUAUCAAAUGAUCCAAACAUCUGCACUUCACUCUGAGUUAAGCUGCUGUUACACUGCACAGUUACAGCAGAUCUUUAUUAUCAUUAACUCAUUAUUAUUCUGUUUGUGACAUUUUGCUUGUUUCUGACUUUGGUUCUGCAGGCGAGUUGGACUGGGUGGAGAAAAGUGUCAGGUGUGUUAAGUAUCAGUGAGAAUGAAAGGAAAGGUGUUCAGGACAGUGGUGAGACCAGCGAUGAUCUACGGCUUAGAGACAGUGGCGCUGAAGAAAAGAUGUUGAGGUUCUCUUUGGGAGUGACAAGGAUGGAUAGGAUCAAGAAUGAGUUCAUCAGAGGGACAACCCACGUUAGAUGUUUUGGAGAUAAAGUCAGAGAGGCCAGAUUGAGGUGGUUUGGACAUGUUCAGAGGAGAGAUGGUGAAUAUAUCGGUAGAAGGAUGCUGAGGUUGGAACUGCCAGGCAGGAGGUCUAGAGGAAGACCAAAGAGGAGAUUUAUGGAUGAAGUGAGAGAGGACAUGAAGUUAGUUGGUGUGAGAGAAGAGGAUGCAGAGGAUAGGGUUAGAUGGAGGCAAAUAAUUCGCUGUGGCGACCCCUAAAAGGAAACAGCCGAAAGACAAAGAAGAUUUUUGUUAUUAGAUACAGUAAAUAGUGUAUAGAUAGUGUAUGUAGUGUAUAGGGGUCAGGGAUAACUAGGUGAUUAAGGCAUUGGACUAUGGGUCUGAAGGUCUUGUGUUCAAAUCCCAUGACAACCAAAUUGUCCCAGUUGGGCCCUUAAGCUUCAACUGCUCAAACAUAUAAUGAUGAAUAAUAAUUACAGAUAGUGUAUAAUAAGAUAAAGAUAAUGUAAGUGGCCAGGGGUAGCUCAGUGGUUAAGGCAUUGGACUAUGGUUCAGAAGAUCCCAGGUUCAAACCCCACAACCACUAAGUUGCCACUGUUGGGCCCUUGAGCAAGGCCCUUAACUCUCAACUGCUCAGAUGUGUAAUUAGAAAAAAAUGUAAGUUGCUUCGGAUAAGAGUGUCUGCCAAAUGCCUAAAUGUACAGAUAGUGUAUAUAGUGUAUGACUAAAUACUGGUUUGCUUCAUCUCCUUUUCCUCUUGGUCUUUGAUUAGAUUGGCAUUAAGGGAAGAGAGUAUAUUCUUGUUCUUUUUCUUUUCUUUCCUUUCCCAUCAUCACAUCCCCAGUGAGCGUGUCACAUUAAACAUUCUUACAGCACUGCUCUCUUCUCCUGAUCAAUGAUUCUUCUUCAUUAUACACAGUGUAACACAAAACUGAGCUGGAAAUUGUAGAGUGUAAAUCCAGUCUCUUGAAGUGUGUGUGGUAGAGCAGUGAGACUAAAACAUACAGGCCAGUGGACUCCAGGACUAGGGUUAAGACCUGCUCAUCUAAAGGGAUGUGGUGCCAUCUAGUGGUGGAAAAGAGAACAAAUAGAACUGGCCUUUAAAGAUUAUGGACAAAGAUCAGCUCUUUAGUGUUCAUUCUCAACACCAACCUUCUUCUUUAUUUUGGUUUUCAUUUGUAAUAAAGAUUAUAAUUGAGAAGUUUGAGUGUUCUCGCUUAUCCACAACACUACAUGUGAGA